CACAUGCCGAGGCACAUUGUGUGGCAGUGCGGGGCUGAGUUCUCCCAUUACUAGUACGGUACCCAUUUGUGAAGUGGUAUGGAAUAUAAGACAUGUACUGGCUGUCGUCCACGAGACCACGACUCUACCACUACAUGAUCCCCAUCAACCACUACUUUAUGCGAACCAAACGAACAGUCUGGGGAGUUUUAACUCUCUCGGUUGCUACGUCUGCCUUCUUUUACUUCCGCUUUACUACAACUACCAUCGAUCUCAGAAAAUACAACAACAUCUUUUCGUGGGGACAGGCACAAGCACACGCACAACUUGAAGCCGGCAAAAUGGCUUGUCAUUCUGCUGCUUCGGACGAAGUGCCGCAAACCCGCGAUGCACUGAGCCGCGAACCACACUUUUGCUUUUACGUCGGCACUCCAGACCUGCUCGAGCGCCGCAGCAAUGAAAAGGCAUCACACAUUAUGACGUUUAAAGAACAGCAGCAGCAGAAUUCCUCCUCCUCCUCCUCGUCGUCCAAAGUCCUCGUUCUCCUCGACGGCUUCGACAAAACCCGCACCUUCUCCCCCGACGUCAAUGAUACCCUCGGCGUCCAAUUCCACUGGCGCGACCCCACCUCCGAUCUGCCCUUCGUCUCGCCGCCGCGCAUCUACUUUGUCUUUGACCUUUGCGAGUCCAGCCGCCAACGCUUUCUUCCUUCGCUCAUGUCCCUGCUCGGGCUGGCGCUGGGCCCGCAAACGGUACCCUCGCAACUAGAUUAUGACGACUUUGACAACUUCCUUGCCACGCUGAACGCCAUUGACGCGGACCCCACGGGCAAGGGUGAUCUGGCGGCCAGUUUCGCCUCGUUGGCGUCGGAGCUUCCACCGCACUUGUCUCCGCUGCACCCCGGCGCGGACUCGGCCGUCAUAAGGGAGUUCUUGCUCGUUUUGGCGGAUAGAACGGUCUGGUCCCUGGACAUGGGUGGCCAGGUUAACAGCUCGGCGACGAAGCAGUUCUUUGAGCUGGUGAAGAUGCUCGCUUCUUCGGGGGGACCGCCACCACCACCACCACCACCUGAGACAAACAGCAACAACAGCACCGAACCCGACAAGCCGUCGUCGUAUAUGACCUGGUACCGCGACUGGAUGCCCAAAAGCUGGGGCAGCGAGCGCCCACCGCCGCACGACGUCGAAGCGGCGCUGAUUCGCUCGCGGUGGCGUUCGCCGCGCCAUUUCGGCCCGCGACUGCUCGGCACGGGCCACGAAAUGCCGCCGCUCAAGACCAUGUUGGACGCAUUCAAGGAGGCGGGAUACCUGGACACGCCAGAGGGCAAGGUAGAGACCCUGUUGAGUCUGGUGCAGGGACAGGGGAGAGUGACGUCGCAGCCGCGGGAAUCCAGGCCGCGCGAGGUGGGGUUGGUGGUGGAAGCUAUACGGUAUGCUCUUGCGUUGUCGUCGCUUUCUUCGGGGUCUUCUGAGUCUGGGUCUGGGUCUGGGUCUGGUUUUGUCGCCGACAACUCUACUACUACUACCACGCCUACUACGACCCCGCCACCACCAUCGCUCAGAGACGCCCUCACCAAACUCGACCGACUCAAGCUCCUACCCGCCGCGGCGCGACAAAAGGGGAAUAAAGAGCUCCUAGCCUGGUUGCUCGAUGACGCUGACAAGCAAGGAGGACUCGGAGGAGGAAACCUGCGCGAGGCACUCAACACGGCCAACUACAUUAAAGGGCCGAGCCCGACGGACCGACGGAAGACGGUCUGGCUGCGCAAGGGCUACGUGCUGCAUUUGGCCGUUCGUGAGGGAGACGUGGACAUGGUCAAGCUCCUGCUGGAGCGGGGCGCCAAGAUGUUGCGGGACGACGAAGGAAGAACGCCGCUGGUGAUUGCGCGGGACGUGCUAGGCAUGAACCGGCCCGGGAGGAAGGAGAAGGUCGAGGUGUUGGAGGCGUGGUUGAGGGAGAGAGGGUUAGAUAGCGAGUAUUGGGAUGAGCCGGAGGAGUAUGCUUUGGAUGCGUCCAAGGGAGAGGGGGCUUUUGAGAUUCCCAACCUCAAGGGAAGAUUUUGAGGAGUUGCCCGUGCGUUGGACUUUGUAGUAGGACGUGAUAGGCUAAAGGACUUGUUGUACUU